ACGAUAUUACAUUGUUCUUUAAAUUUAAUAUGUGUGAGUUACUUCGUUAAACUCUUCAUCCCUAAAUCAUUCCAUUCAGUAUCAAAACCAUGGAAGCUCCUCCUUUACACUUAGCUAUGUUUCCAUGGCUUGCUAUGGGACACUUCACACCAUAUCUUCAUCUCUCAAACAAAUUAGCCAAAAGGGGACACAAAAUCUCAUUCUUCAUUCCCAAAAAUACACUCAACAAGUUACAACAUCUCAACCUUAACCCACAUCUUAUUACCUUUGUACCAAUCACUGUCCCUCAUGUUGAUGGCCUUCCUCAUGAUGCUGAAACAGCUUCAGAUGUUCCCUUUUCUUUGUUACCUCUUAUUGCUACAGCCAUGGAUGAAACAAAGAAAGAAAUUGAACUUCUUCUAAAGGAACUAAAGCCACAAAUAGUUUUCUUUGAUUUCCAAUAUUGGGUUCCAAACUUGACUAAAAAACUUGGCAUCAAAAGUGUUCAAUAUUGGAUAGCUAGUCCAUAUUCAAUAUCUUACUUUUUUCAUGGACCAAGACAAAGUCUAGGAAAAGAAUUAACUGUAGAUGAUCUAAAGAAACCACCUUCAGGGUACCCUGAUUCAUCCAUCAAACUUCAUUCACAUGAACUUCAAUUUCUAGCUUCAUCAAGAAAACUUGUUUUUGGAAGUGGUGUUUUGUUGUAUGAUCGUUUGCAUUUCGGUACAAGUUUGGCAGAUGCAAUUGGUUUCAAAGGUUGUAAAGAAAUCGAUGGACCAUAUGCUCAAUAUCUUGGAACUGUUUAUGGAAAGCCUUCUCUACUUUCAGGUCCUCUUUUACCUGAGUCUCCCUUAACUACUUUAGAUGAAAAAUGGGUGUCAUGGCUUAAGGGAUUCAAACAUGGCUCUGUGGUUUAUUGUGCAUAUGGAAGUGAAGGUCCAUUACAAGAAAAUCAAUUCAAAGAGUUGUUGCUUGGUCUUGAGUUAACAGGUUUUCCAUUUGUUGCGGCUCUAAAGCCUCCAGUUGGAUUUGAGUCUAUUGAAGAGGCUCUCCCACAAGGGUUCAAUGAAAGAGUCAAAGGAAGAGGGAUUGUUUAUGGAGGUUGGGUGCAGCAACAAUUGAUUUUAGAACACCCUUCUGUUGGUUGUUUCAUAACACACUGUGGAGCUGCUUCUAUAACUGAAGCACUUGUUAACACGUGUCAGUUGGUAUUGUUACCACGUGUAGGUGUUGAUCAUAUAAUGAAUGCAAGGAUGAUGAGUACAAAGUUGAAAGUUGGUGUGGAAGUUGAGAAAGGUGAUGAAGAUGGAUUGUUUACAAAAGAAAGUGUUUGCAAUGCUGUGAAUAUUGUGAUGGAUGAAGGGAAUGAAAUUGGAAGAGAAGUUAAAGCAAAUCAUAUUCAAUUGAGGAAAUUUUUAUUGAGUGAGAAUUUAGAGUCCUCAUGUGUUGACAAUUUCUGUCAAAAGCUUCGUCAUUUGCUCUAAAUUUUUUAGUUUUAAUUACACAAAACAGGUUAGCAAUGAGUCAUUGCACAUAAAUAAUUAUAUUAUUAUUUUCUUUUAAGAAAAAUAAAAAAAUAAAACACCGAAAUCUCCUAGCUUUUGGAUUAUGCAAAUUAAGUAAUACGAAUAAGAAAGUUGGUGA